AUGCUCAUCACUUUAUUCCCAGUCCUCCUCUGGUUUAUAGCCCUAGCGUCUGCCGCUCAGGUUUCCGGAAUUUUCACGGGCAUAAAUUCCAUCACUCCUGGAGACAAGGCCUGGCCCAAAUACCCGUCAUGGACUGCGUCAAUCGCAUGGAAAAUGGAUGCUUCCAAAGUGAAGGCCGGCGAUACGUUCAAAUUGGAAAUGCCCUAUGUUUUCAAAUUCACCACCUCCUCAUCCAGCAUUCUGUUAACUGCUGGAGGGAAGACCUUUGCCACAUGUUCCUUGACGUCGGGCGAGAACUUGCUUGCAUACUCAGAAAUCGAUUGUACGGCGCUGCUGGCCAUUACGUCUGUGCAAAGUGCCUCUGGAACGUUUUCGGUCACUUUCACUUUCAGCUCGGGAGCCACCGACGAAAAAUUGGAUCUCGAGGCCGCGGCGCACUGGAAAGCGGGCGCCAAUACCGUCUCCUUCAAUGAUGGCACCAACACCAUCUCCACCACAGUGAACAUGGCUGCCGGUGCCACCUAUUUUGGCUCCGGACAUGGAUCGGGCGCCCAUGGCGGCAGAACGCUCCCAUCUUUGAACAAACUUGAAAUGUAUUUUCUCGACGCAUCGUCUUCGAGAACCCGGUCUGGGUCGCUUUCGCUUCUGGUGGCGCUGAACACGCCAUUGGACUGCUCGUCAUCCAAGGCUUUUCUCACCACAAAGGUCAAUGCCUGGGAAUUCCCAGAGAACUCCUUCGAUUCCGUCCAGGGAGCCACUUUCAACUUCAAGUGCUCUUCUCUGAGAAUAGAUGUCACCUACACCAAUUUGCCGGCGCAGUACACGCCGUACAUCGAGGCGUACAGUGUCAUUCCCGUGUCCAACAUCUUCACGGUGGCAUACCGGCUGUCGGACCAGUACAACCCCAACCGCAUCACCGUUGACAAUUACCAAUUCGCUGUGUACUCGAACCAGCAGCCUCUGGGCGAUGGAAGCUACAUAGAUAUCGAGCUCACCACCAUCACCAGAGACGACAUUACUCGAACCUCCCUUACUACUGCCACAGGCUCUGGAACAAACACCAUUGAGGUCUAUGUUCCCCGAGAGUCCACCACCACAACCCUCACCAACAGUGUCAGUACGAGCAAGACCUCCACUGUGACAGGUUCGGAUGGUGUCGCUACGGUCAUUGUGAAUGUGCCCACGCCAACGGUUUCCACCACCAAAACGUACUCUGGCUCGAUGAAAACGACAUCGACAUAUACUUCCAGCGGAACUGUUUAUGUGGAGGUGGAUGUGCCUACUGCAACGCUGUCUAAGACAGUGACUUACUCAGACUCAACUUCGAGGACAACCACUUAUACGUCUGACGGAACAGUAAUUGUUGAAGUUGACGUGCCUACUCCAACUCUGUCCAAAACAUUAACUUACUCAGGAUCGAAUUCUAGAACGACCACUUAUACGUCUGGUGGUACUGUAAUAGUGGAGGUGGAUGUGCCUACUGCAACGCUGUCUAAGACACUAACAUACUCGGACUCCACUUCGAGGACAACUACUUUUACCUCCGGUGGUACUGUAAUAGUUGAAGUUGAUGUGCCGACUCCGACGCUGUCCAAAACAUUAACGUACUCAGACUCGACUUCGAGAACAACUACUUAUACGUCCGGCGGAACAGUAAUUGUUGAAGUUGAUGUGCCUACUCCCACGCUGUCCAAAACAUCAACUUACUCUGGUUCCAUUUCCAGAACAACCACUUUUACCUCUGGUGGUACCGUAAUAGUUGAAGUGGAUGUUCCCACCCCGACACUGUCUAGAACGCAGACGUAUCUAGAUUCCACCACCAGAACCACAACAUACACUUCCGGCGGCACAGUCGUGGUGGAGGUGGAUGUGCCGAUCCCAACACAGACCACUACAGUAACCAGAGGCACUGUCUCGUUUACUACAACCCGCACGGCUUCUCCAGGUGGAACAGCUACUGUCGAAAUUGAUGUCCCAACUUCUACAACCACGAAAACAGCUACUUGGACAGGGGCUACCGCAACCACCAAAACCUCGACGUCUGACGGCACUGUAGUUGUGGAAAUCGACGUGCCAAUUCCUACUGUAACUACCACGAUUACUAGAGGCACCGUUCUGUUCACAACUACACGCACUGCUUCUCCAGGCGGCACUGCCACCGUUGAAAUUGAUGUGCCAACUUCUACAAUCACAAAGACAGUCACAUGGACAGGUGCAAGCACCAAUACUUCCACGUACACUUCUGAUGGAACUGUCGUGGUUGAAGUCGAUGUUCCCAUUCCUACCCAAACAACCACAGUCACCAGAGGUACCGUUCUGUUCACAACUACACAUACUGCUUCGCCUGGUGGCACUGCAACGGUUGAAGUCGAUGUUCCGACGUCCUCUACUACCAAAACGGCUACGUGGACUGGAUCGACCACUAACACCACCACCUUCACUUCUGGUGGAACAGUGGUGGUUGAAAUCGAUGUUCCCAUUCCUACCCAAACAACCACAGUCACCAGAGGCACUGUCUUGUUCACAACCACCCAUACAGCUUCACCAGGAGGAACUGCCACCAUUGAGAUCGACGUUCCAACAUCUACAAUCACCAAGACUGUUACUUGGACGGGUUCUGCUACAAACACUUCUACAUACACUUCCGAUGGGACAGUUGUUGUUCAAGUGGAUGUUCCGAUCCCUACCCAAACCACCACAAUUACGAGUGGCACUGUCUUGUUCACGACUACGCAUACGGCAUCUCCAGGUGGAACUGCCACCGUUGAAAUUGAUGUGCCAACGUCUACAAUCUCAAAGACUGUCACUUGGACAAGAGCUUCCACCAAUACUUCUACGUACACUUCAGAUGGAACGGUUGUUGUCGAAGUGGGUGUUCCUGUUCCUACGGUGACAACCACCAGAACUUAUACUGGUGCAGAGACUACUACAAUUACUCAUGAUGGAACUCCAGGCGAAACUGCAACAGUGGAGGUUGAGAUUCCUAUCCCGACUGUUACAUCUACAAUUUCCUAUGACGGAAGCGUGGUUUCGUAUCUGACCAAGACUGCCUCUAUUGGAGAAACGGCUGUGGUGGUGAUUAAAGUUCCAGAAUCUGUUUCGUUCACCACUAAAACAGGCAGCGACCAAACCACUCGUACGAGAUCUUACACUCUGGAUGGAACGCUUAUCAUUGAAAUUGAUAUCCCCACUCAAACAAGUGAAACUACCAGAACCUGGACCGCAUCAACUUCUAGAACCUCCACUUACACGACUGGCGGUACAGUGGUCAUCGAGGUAGAUGUGCCAAUUCCUACUGAAACUACCACGAUUACUAGAGGCACUGUUCUGUUCACAACUACACAUACUGCUUCACCUGGUGGUACUGCUACAGUUGAAGUGGAUGUACCGACUUCCUCUGUCACCAAGACGGUAACCUGGACGGGAUCAACCUCUAAUACUUCUACAUACACUUCUGAUGGUACUGUGGUUGUGGAGAUCGAUGUUCCAAUCCCUACUCGGACAACCACUAUAACGAGUGGCACUGCUUUGUUCACUACAACGCAUACAGCCUCCCCUGGAGAAACUGCGAUUGUUGAAGUCGAUGUGCCAACUUCGACAAUCACCAAGACGGUGACUUGGACAGGAUCCGCUACAAACACCUCGACAUACACUUCAGAUGGGACUGUUGUGGUUGAAAUCGAUGUGCCCAUUCCGACACAAACCACCACAGUUACAAGUGGCACUGCUUUGUUCACAACGACUCAUACCGCUUCACCAGGCGGAACGGCAAUCGUUGAAGUCGACGUUCCGACAUCUACAAUCACCCAGACUGUGACUUGGACAGGAUCCGCUACAAACACUUCGACAUAUACUUCAGAUGGAACUGUCGUUGUGGAAAUUGAUGUACCGAUUCCAACAGAAACCACUACGAUUACCAGCGGCAGUGUCUUAUUUACGACUACCCAUACUGCUUCCCCAGGCGGAACUGCAGUCGUAGAAGUGGACGUGCCUACUUCCACCGUCACCAAGACUGUUACUUGGACAGGGCCUUCUACGAAUACUUCUACGUACACUUCAGAUGGGACAGUUGUCGUGGAAAUCGAUGUGCCAAUUCCAACCAAUACUGCUACUGUUACACGAGGAAGUGUUUCGUUUACGACUACGCAUACGGCUUCUCCGGGAGGCACUGCCACCAUUGAAAUUGAUGUACCAACUUCUACCAUCACCAAGACAAUUACUUGGACGGGAUCAAGCACCAACACUUCCACUUACACUUCUGAUGGAACUAUCGUGGUUGAAAUCGAUGUUCCCAUUCCUACUCAAACCACCACCAUUACCAGUGGAACGGUCUUGUUCACGACUACGCAUACUGCUUCCCCGGGUGGAACCGCUACUAUCGAAAUUGACGUUCCUACUUCUACCAUCUCCAAAACUGUUACUUGGACGGGUUCCUCAACGAACACUUCCACAUAUACAUCAGAUGGAACUGUCGUGGUUGAAAUUGAUGUUCCAAUUCCUACUCAAACCACAACGAUUACCAGUGGCACUGUCUUGUUCACAACAACUCAUACAGCUUCCCCAGGAGGCACUGCCACCGUUGAAAUUGAUGUGCCAACGUCUACAAUCUCAAAGACUGUCACUUGGACAGGAGUUUCUACCAAUACUUCUACCUACACAACUGAUGGAACGGUUGUGGUUGAGAUCGAUGUUCCCGUUCCUACAGUGACAACUACCAGAACAUAUACUGGUGCAGAAACAACCACAAUUACUCAUGAUGGAACUCCAGGCGAAACUGCAACAGUGGAGGUUGAGAUUCCUAUUCCCACUGUUACAUCGACAGUUUCAUAUGACGGAACUGCGGUUUCUUAUCUGACGAAAACUGCUUCCAUCGGGGAAACUGCAGUGGUGGUGAUCAAUGUUCCGGAAUCUGUUUCGUUUACUACCAAGACUGUCAGUGAUCAAACCACUCGCACGAGAUCUUACACUCUGGAUGGAACACUCAUCAUUGAGAUCGAUGUUCCAACUUCUACAAUCACGAAGACUGCUACAUGGACGGGAUCAAGCACCAACACAUCUACAUACACUUCCGAUGGAACUGUGGUUGUUGAAAUCGAUGUUCCAAUUCCAACAGAAACCACAACCAUUACCAGCGGUUCAGUAUUGUUCACGACUACACAUACUGCUUCGCCUGGUGGAACUGCAACAGUCGAAGUAGAUGUUCCUACCUCAUCCAUUACGAAAACUGCCACCUGGACCGGAUCGACUACCAAUACUACCACAUACACUUCUGACGGCACUGUUGUCGUGGAAAUUGAUGUUCCAGUCCCAACAGAAACUACCACAAUCACCAGUGGCAGUGUCUUGUUCACAACUACGCAUACCGCCUCUCCUGGUGGAACCGCCAUUGUUGAAGUGGACGUUCCAACUUCUACAAUCACAAAGACAGUCACAUGGACUGGUUCAUCCACAAAUACUUCUACCUACACUUCAGAUGGAACUGUCGUGGUUGAGGUCGAUGUGCCCAUUCCAACCGAAACCACUUCAAUCACUAGUGGAACGGCAUUGUUCACGACAACCCAAACUGCCUCUCCUGGUGGAACUGCAAUCAUCGAAGUUGGUGUGCCUACAUCUUCAAUCACCAAGACUGUCACUUGGACAGGAGUUUCUACCAAUACUUCUACCUACACAACUGAUGGAACGGUUGUGGUUGAGAUCGAUGUUCCUGUUCCUACAGUGACAACAUCAAGAACUUAUACUGGUGCAGAGACAACCACAAUCACUCAUGAUGGAACUCCAGGCGAAACUGCUACUGUAGAAGUGGAAAUUCCCAUCCCCACCAUCACAUCCACGGUUUCAUAUGACGGAACUGUUGUUUCUUAUCUGACGAAAACUGCUUCCAUCGGGGAAACUGCAGUGGUGGUUGUCAAUGUUCCAGAAUCUGUUUCGUUCACUACUAUAACAGGCAGUGACCAGACUACCCGCACAAGAUCUUACACUUUAGAUGGAACAUAUGUCAUUAUAAUUGAGGUUCCUACUUCCACAAUUACCAAGACGGCUACGUGGACAGGCUCUUCCACAAACACAUCCACAUACACUUCUGAUGGCACUGUUGUUGUCGAGGUUGAUGUUCCAAUUCCGACAGAAACUGUUACAGUGACUAGUGGUAGUGUUCCAUUCACGACUACUCACUCUGCAUCUCCAGGCGGAACUGCAACUGUUGAAGUCGGAGUUCCUACCUCCACCAUCACCAAAACUGCAACAUGGACUGGCUCGACAACCAGUAAUGCCACUUACACUACUAACGGCACCGUUGUGGUUGAAAUAGAUGUUCCUGUCCCAACACAAACAGUGACGAUUACUUCUGGUACCGUUUUGGCAACUACCACACUAGCUGCUGUUCCAGGAUCUACAGCUGUGGUUCAUAUUUUGGUACCAUCAGUGGACACAGAUUCCACUUGGUCUAGUGUGUCGUCUACUGAAAUUGACGUUUCUUCAAGUAGCUUUUCGGAAACGUCCGCCUCUGCAUCGGAAAGCACUUAUGUUCUGUCUGUUGCAUCUUCAACCAACACUGACGCUUCUUCCAACACUCAACUAUCAGCAUCUGCAUCACAAUCUGGAAGCACAUUGGCUUCGCUGUCCAGUGGACCCAGCUCCUCCUUCCAUUCUUUCAACUUCCAAAAUAGCUCUGUCCCAUACCGUUCUGUGACCCCAUCUGCUACAAUUGUUUCUACAGAUAUUACUUCAGACGUUUCUACAGAUAUUUCUUCAGACGUUUCUACAGAUAUCUCUUCACAUGAUUCGUCUACAGAUGUCUCGUCCACAAUUGAUCCAUAUGUUUCCGCUACAGACGCAUCGUCGAUUGUUUCACCCACAGCUGUUUCCACAGUUGCCUCAUCCACGACUGAUCCAUCCACAGAUGCUUCUACGAACGUUCCGUCUGUUGAUGCAUCCUCAGACAUUUCCACAGAAGUUUCUACAGGUCUAUCAGCAACAAUUGUUUCGUCCACAGAUGCAUCAAGAGACCCUGCUUCUGCAGACAUUUCCUCUGGUUAUGUGUCAACCGACCCUGCCUCCACAGAUUUGUCCUCUACAUAUAUGUCUGCAGAUCCUCCGCCUACAGAUGCCUCGUACACGGAUGUUACUUCUGCGGAUGCUACAUCUACGGAUGUUACUUCUGCGGAUGCUACAUCUACGGAUGUUACUUCUGCGGAUGCUACAUCUACGGAUGUUACUUCUACGGAUGUUACAUCUGCAGCUUCGUCUACGGAUGUUGCGUCUACGGACCUUUCUGAUACUGUCGUUUCCUCUGCAACUCCAUCAGCUGACCCGUCUGCUUCUACAACUGAUACGUCCACAGAAAACCUAUCGCUGUUGCCAAGAGCAUCUCAGAGUGGGCCAAGCAGUUCGCUUACUAGUGGAACAUUGCUGGUGGAAUCAGAUUUGCCCGCUUCUUCUAAUACAGCAACAGUUUACCCGUCCACCAAAGAUCCAGUUUCUUAUGUUACUGGAUCUUCAGAAACCCAAGAUUCAAAUCUGGGAGAGCAGACGUCUGUGCCACAAGUGUCUUCGUCCAGUGACAUGCAUCCUACGUCCACUGUAUUCCCAGUUAUUCCUCCGGGACCAGGGAGCGAUACUGGAUCGAACGGUUCUGGGUCUAAUGGAUCUGGGUCUGAUGGGUCUGGAUCAAACGGAUCUGGGUCUAGUGGGUCUGGAUCUGAUGGAUCAGGAUCUAAUGGAUCAGGAUCUGGGUCUAGUGGGUCUGGAUCUGAUGGAUCAGGAUCUAAUGGGUCUGGAUCAGGAUCUAAUGGAUCAGGAUCAGGGUCUAAUGGAUCUGGACCAAACGGGUCUGGAUCAAACGGGUCUGGAUCAGGAUCUAAUGGAUCAGGAUCAGGAUCAAACGGUUCUGGAAGUGCUGGAACAGAUGGAUCUAGCGGUGCUGGCUCCAAUUCAAACGGCUCCGGUUCUGGCUCCGGCACAGGAUCGGGUUCAGAAGGAAAUAACGGACCACAAAGUCCUGGUGGUUCCAACAAUGGCUCUGGGUCCAACAAUGGUUCGGACACUGGGUCUAAUGGAAACGAACUGAACGAAGGAUCGGGCGACUCAAACACCAACGGGUCCAACGCCAACACCAACACAAACGCCAACUCCAACGCCAACCCUGGCCCUGCUUCCGCCAACGCCUCGAACCAGGGCGCCGCCUCGAACCAGGCCCGCCCCACGUCCUGGUCCUAUGUCUACGCGCCCUCCGCGUCCGCGCCCAGCGCGUCGGCCACGGGAUCCAGACCGCCUGUCGUCACUGGCGUUUCCGGCGCGACUUCGCCGACAUGGGCCAUGGCCGUCUUGGCCAGUGUGCUUGCAUGCGGCCUCCUAUUCUAA